AUGAAGGACUCCGUUCCUGACCGCUGGUCAGAGACCCCCUGGCAGCAGCAAGGGCAAGACUUCCCCGUUCCCAUGUGGCACAAACCACAGGUCCCUUACUCCUCACUGCCGGGCAGAUUGCAACACGUCGAUGUUUGGGUUCCGGCAACGUCCACGUCGCAGUCGGACACGCCAUCGCCGUCAUGGCUCCCACCAUCAAGCAGCCUCUGGGUCAUUUACGUACACGGCGGUGCCUGGCGGGACCCCCUCAUCACAUCCGACUCCCUGGUGCCAGCCUUGAAGAGGCUUCCUCGCGAGCUUUUCGAGUCUGCCGGCCCAAAGGCACCCACCGCGUUUGCCUCCGUCAGCUACUCCCUGUCCCCGUAUCCAGAGCACCCGACCCUGCCGAGCAAACCGUCCGACUACAGCCGCAACGCCACACACCCCGGGCACAUACUCGACGUCAUGGCGGCCAUUUCCUUCCUGCAGCAGACGGCGGGGUUUGGGAGCAACUACAUCCUGGCGGGCCACAGCUGCGGUGCCACGCUUGCGUUUCAGGUCGCCAUGAACACGGCCAGAUGGGGCGUCGGCCCGGCCAAGGCGUACAUACGCCCUCCAGCCAGCAUUCUGGGUCUCAACGGCAUAUACGACCUGCCGGGGCUUGUAGAUGGUCCCGGAGAAAAACACGAGCACCUGCGGCCCAUAUACGAGCAAUUCACGCGGAAUGCGUUUGGAAAGGACAGGGGGCUUUGGGCCUUUAUCAGCCCGGCGCUGGUACAGGACUGGGCGGCGGAAUGGCCAGGGGGCAGACACGCAAUCCUGGUGCAGACCCGCGAGGACAGCCUUAUUCCUUUUUCUCAAGGCGAACAGCUGAGAGACAGUCUCGUCAGGUCCGGCACGGGCAAGCUGAGGGUCGAGUUGCUGGAGGGAUACGGCGAUCACGAUGAGACUUGGGAAAAUGGCACGCUUCUCGCCAGCAUGAUUUCCCGAGCGAUUUAUAGUGUAAUCGAGACCACCGAGAAAUGA